GCCGCUAUGGCGACCGGCGAGCGGGAGGCGGUGCCGCCUCAGUGGCCAGUAGAGGCCCGCUUGGCGGCGCUGCUGCCCGACCUGCUGGUUUUCAGGAAGCCCGGGGGAUCAGAACCCGAGCUCGCCACGGCGCAGGGCGUCCUCCUUGGCGUCCACGUGACGGGGUUUACAGCAUUAAUGGACAGGUUCAGCCUGAGCUGCAAGUUGGAACAUGACAUGGACAAACUGGCCCACAUCUUCAGCUAUUACAUUAGUGACAUCGUGGAGCAUGUGCUCUGUUUUGGAGGGGAUAUCCUAAAUAUCACAGGGAAUGGGCUCCUGGCACUCUGGACAGUAGAACAGAAUCAACUGAGUGACAUCAUUACCCUCGUGGCAAAAUGCAGUCUGGAGAUACAGGAGAAGUUUGGGAUCUACCAUACCAGAGAAGGCCAGGACUUGCAGCUAAAGAUAGGUCUGUCUGCAGGUCGGAUUUCCCAGGUUAUCAUUGGAGACGAGCAGCGACAGUACCUCCUGGUGAUUGGGCGGGAUAUAGACGGUGUCCAGUUAGCUCAGCGGUUGGCUCAGGCAAAUGAGAUUGUCUUGUCCUGGAACUGCUGGAAGCUCUGUGAGCAGUACAUGUUUGAAGUGGAAAUCAUGAGGGAGGAUGAAGCUGUGAAGGUAGGAGGCUGGUCACAUCCACCGAACGUCCUGAAAAGGCCCUCCUACUACACAGGGCAGUGCUCUGGUGGUGCUCAACACCAGACCCCACCAACAACCACUGGAACUCUAUUUUGGAGGGAGGUGAGGGAUAUUCUCACUGGAAGGUAGGUGAGGCUGAACGGUAAG